AUGACUUCGACCAUAACAACAUCAACACGCACCCUCCCGCGCACUCCUGGCCGUCCUCGCCCUUCCGGCCUGUCUCAACCCGCCUCGACUCCAAACCUCAACUCUCUCUACAGCGCGCACUCUGCCUCCACCAGCCGCCUUGCACCACCGUCUCUCGCGCGCAAGGGCUCUCUUGCGGCCCUGACCCAGAAUUCGCUAGCCUCCAUCCCAGAUGCCUCCGAGACAUACGCCCUGAACACGUUGCACGAGAACCCCGAAGGCAGCAGCAACUCUAGGACAGCCAUGCCGCCCCUCACCCCGGGCAGAGCCACCGCCGCUGGCGGACGCGGCGACGACAUUGUUGUGGGCGACGCCGUGGACGUCCCGGGUAACAUGCAUGGCACCGUCCGUUUCAUCGGCUCCGUGCAGGGACGGAAAGGUACCUUUGCUGGUGUGGAACUGAGCGCGGACUUUGCGUCGCGGGGAAAGAACAGUGGUGAUGUCGACGGGAUUUACUACUUUACGACCUCCAAACCAGGCGCUGGCAUUUUCCUGCCUCUCUCGAAAGCCGCUAAGCGCGACGCUUCUCCCAUGGCUGGAGGUUCAUUUCCUCACACGCCUGCGAGCUCUGGCCUGAAGGUCGCGAGCCAAAACUCGACCAACUUCACUCCGCCCACGCCCUCACUUCCCAAGUUCAGCCAGUCGCUUGGCCCCGGACGCGCGCCCAGCCCUUCGGGCAAGAGGCCUAGGACGUCUCUGCCACGGCCAGACUCGCCCGUGCGCAGGUUGCAAAUGACGCCAGGACCGAAGCCGUCCAUACCGACCCCGGCAUCUAAAGUGCCGUCCCGCUUCGGGAGCCCUACAGCCAACAAGUUUUCUCAGAGUGUCCGUGGCACGGCUGGCGAUCCAAGCAAGAGGGGACUGGGACCGGAGCGCAAGGGCAGCCUUGGCCCGCGAAGCGCGUCCGCGCUCGGGAACUCGUCGAACGCUACCGACGAUGAGACCACGCCCGUUGGAGUCAACAGGACCAAGACGAAUGGUAGUUUUGGCUCGGUCUCGUCAUUCAACAACAAGAUCCGCCCUCCUUCGCGCACGGCUUCUCGCGCCCACAACCAUAAUGACGACGAAGUCGAGCGGCUCAGGACGCAGCUCGAAGAUCGCGACAAGCAGCUCAAGGAACAAGCGGCGACACUGUCCGAGAUGGAGAGCAGUCUGACGGAGCUGCAGACUCUGAUUGAGAACCCCGAAGGUCCCGCUUUCCGUCGAGGAAGUAUCGACGACAAAGGCGCGACAGAGCUGCGCGCCAUGGUCCGGGAAAAGAAUGAAAAGAUUGCGAUGCUUACCGCCGAAUUCGACGCCCACCGCGCCGAUUUCAGGAGUACGAUCGACACGCUCGAGAUGGCCAGCACGGAGACGGAACGAGUGUACGAGAAGCGCAUCGAGGAGCUGAUGCAGGAGCUUAACGAGGCCCAGGAACGCACUUCCGAUGUCGCGACGGUAGCUCAGCAGCUUAAGCAGCUGGAAAGCUUAGUCCAGGAGUUAGAAGAGGGCCUCGAAGAUGCUCGGCGAGGAGAAGCUGAAGCACGAGGUGAAGUCGAGUUCUUGAGGGGCGAGGUCGAGAGGACACGCUCCGAACUGCGACGAGAACGCGAGAAGGCACAAGAGAGCAUGAAGGGAGGAGGUCAUAUGAACGGAGAUCGAUCGUCGAUAUCCAAAGAGCUGGAGCAGAAGGAGGAUGAGAUUAGAGGUCUGAAGGCAAUCAUUCACUCUUUGAGUCGGGAUUCCGUCCCCCAGGACUCCCCAGAGAAGACACCACAACCGCGACAGGGACCGUGGAAAGCACACCGCCGCAACGAGUCCCUGGGCGACCGCAUGAUGCGGGAGAAGCUGGAGCGGGAAGUCGCCGACCUCAGAGCUCUGCUGGAUAAUAAGAACAACCGCGAGGAGGAGAUGGAGCGCGAGCUCGACCAGCUUAGGAGGGGCGGCUCGAAGGCCCAGCGCGAUAGCUCCAUGACCCUGGGCAGCAGCAACAACAACAACAACCGCUCGUCGCUGCGGGAUUCGCGCGGCACCGUCGUGCUCGCCCGCGACUACGAGGCGCGCUCCCCCGAGGCUCACCAUCACAAUAACCACCACCACAAGACGCACUCGCGCGGCCUGACGCUCGACACGAUGCCCGAGAGCGACGCCUACUCGUCCGUCACCGAGACUAGUACCCUCUGGUGCGAGAUCUGCGAGACGUCGGGCCACGACAUCCUGACGUGCACCAACAUGUUUGGCCAGGACGCCAACGGCCACGAGGGCGGCGGUGACCCCGCGAGGACGGGCAAGGACGUCGUGCGGGAGGGGCUCAAGGGCCUGUCGGCGCACGUGCGGCAGGGGUCGGCUGCGGUGCCGCCGCUGUCGCCCAUCAAGCCGAGGGUGGUGGCGACGCCGCCGAAGCAACAGCAGGCGAGCCCGGCGCCGGCUGUGCCCGCCGAGGUCAGGAUCCUGCCCAACCCCAUGGACUCGGGCCCCGUGGCGGGCAAGGAGAGCGGCGUGGUGGACGCGGACAAGUGGUGCGCUCUGUGCGAGCGGGACGGGCACGACAGUGUUGACUGUCCUUUUGAGGAUGCCUUUUAA